UUUACCAUCAAGGGGAAUCGAACCUCUUCCACUUUCCCUCAAAAAACUCAAUUUUAUCCCACUACACCACAGUCAACGUUCCGGCUUAAUUGAUUAUGGGGUGGUAAAAUAUCCCGUGAUUUGCCUGAAUAUUUAUAUUUACCAUGUACUUUUAAUUCUUUUGCUUUAUACUUCCGUGUUUUUUUCUUUAUAUUUCUCAGAAAAAAAUGAAGAAUUUAAAAAUAUAAUUUAUUAUAUUUUUUAAUCCCCUGCUUAUUUGUCUUUUUUAUGUUUAAAAAGGAUUUUUCCUUCGUUCUUUUUUCUUAGGAUUUUUUUCUUAAAUUUAUUUUGACUGGAAAUACCUUUAAGAAUAAUUUUAAAUUUAAAAAUUUUAUUUGAAAAAAGUCCGCAAGUUUUGUCCGCAAAAAUAUUUGCGGACAAAACUUGCGGACUUUAUAGUUUUUUUUUCAUUUUUUUUUUGUUUUUUAGAACAUUAAUGGCAAGUAGUAAUUGUACUAAUACAACUAGUUGUAGUACCAGUUUUGCAGAAGAAAAGCAUCCACAUCCAAAUAUGCUUAUUUACAGGAAAAUGGAAAAAUUAAUAAAUCAAAUGUUACAUUCUGAGGAUGGAAUUAAAAUAAAAACUGUCAAAAGUUUUCUCUCAAAAAUAGUUUCUGUAUUCUCCGGCCAGGAUUUGAUUGUUUGGUUAAUUGCUCACAUUGACGUUUUUGACGAAAUAGAUGCCAAUCAUUUACUACAUUUAUUUGCUUCACACGGAUAUAUAUUUCAAGUUGAUGAUCACGUAAUUACAAUGAAGGGAGGGGACACUUCUUUUUAUCGUUUCCAAACUCCUUAUUUUUGGCCUUCAAAUUGUUGGGAACCUGAAAAUAUGGAUUACGCCGUUUAUUUGUGUAAAAGAACAAUGCAGAACAAAGCACAUUUGGAAUUGGAAGAUUUUGAAGCAGAAAAUUUGGCAAAAUUACAAAAAAUGUUAAGUAGAAAAUGGGAAUUUGUUUUUAUGCAAGCAGAGGCGCAAUAUAAGGUUGACAAAAAACGGGACAGAAUAGAAAGACAAAUAUUGGAUAGUCAAGAGAGAGCAUUUUGGGAUUUGCAUAGACCCGUGCCUGGAUGUGUUAAUACAACUGAAGUGGAUAUUAGAAAAUUAAGUCGUUCUGGAAGAUCUAAACAAUCUACUUGCAAUACUUUGGUUAUUCAAAUGGAAGAUAAUGAAUCCCAAUUAAACAAUUCAAAUAAUUUAAAAACGCCCAAUAUAAGGGAAAUCCGUUUUUAUCAAAAACCUGGAAGAAGAAGAUAUACACAAAUAAAAGACUAUUUAAAAAUUGAGAUUUCUGAAUUACAAACAAGAUUAUCUAAAAAUGUAUUGAAAACAUCAAAAUUAGCAGAAAGUUAUUUACAAUAUUAUGGACAUCGUGUUUCAUUCGAUGCAUUUAUUGUCCAACUGGGUUCAGCUACAGAUCCAUUUCAAGGACAACCAAAUCCCUGGAUUUCAGAUACUGUUGAUUUUUGGCAGCAUGACAAAAUAACUGGCGAUAUUUCAACUAGAAGGUUAAAAUUGUGGGAAGAAUCCUUUGAAGAAUUAUUAAUUGAUCCGGUUGGAAGAGAAACACUACAAAAAUUUCUUGAUAAAGAAUAUUCUGGAGAAAAUUUGCGUUUUUGGAUGGAGGUCCAAAAACUCCGUAAAUGUAGCUGUCGAAUGGUGCCCGUCCUCGUCACAGAAAUCUACAAUGAAUUUAUCGACUCCAAUGCUCAAUCUCCAGUCAAUAUCGAUUGUAAAGUAAUGGAAAUAAUUGACGAGAAUCUCAAAAAUAAUCCAAAUCGAUGGUCAUUUGAUGAGGCUGCUGAUCACAUUUUUUGUUUAAUGAAGAAUGAUAGCUACCAGAGAUUUCUUCGUUCAGACUUGUAA